ACAGAGCCCGAGACUGAGGUGAAAAUUGUUUACGUUGAUGUAAACUCUGGAUUUUGGGAACGGCUUUUUCACAUUUUUCCUCUGCCAUGGAAGGCGUAGGGUCAGAGGUCAGCCUUAAGAUAAGGUCUGCAAUCAAGGCAAAACUAGUGGAGCUUGGUACCUAUGUCGAUGAGGAACUACCAGACUACAUCAUGGUGCUGGUGGCGAACAAGAAGACGAAGGACCAGAUGGACGAUGAUCUGAGUCUCUUCCUGGGCCACAAUACUGAGCGCUUCACAUCCUGGCUCCACCAUGUACUUCAAAAGCUCAAUGCGGCUGCUCUUUUGCAAGUCACAACACCACAAACAGAUGACACAAAGAAGAAAGAUGAAGAAGAGAAGAGGAAAGAAAGAGAAGAAGAGAAGAAAAGAGAAAGAGAUGAAGAGAAGAAACGUGACAAAGCAGAAGAAGGUAAGAGAACAAAAGAUGAGGAGAAGAGGAAACUAAAGGAGAAGGAAAAGGGAGAGAGGAAAAGAAAGUCUAGUGAGAAGAAGGAUGAUAAGAAGGAGAAGAAACUAAAGAAAUCAGAGUCUCCAGAAUCUCAGGAUAAAUUAGUUAAGGAGAAGAAGUCUGUCGUUGAGCCCGUGAAGGCCACCAGGGCCAAAGAGGUCAGCAAGGAAAAGGAGAACAAGGAAAGAGUCAGAAUAACGGCUCCUCAGGACGAACCAGCCUUGGAGAAAAGCCAAGCCACAGUAACCUCCACAGUGGGUACCAUUGGGGGCAAAACUCUGAAGAAGAUCAAGCCGCAGCUGAGGGGAAAAGUAUCAUCGGCAGACAUUUUCCGUGCCGAAGCUGCGGGCGGAGGGGAGACGAUGAAGGAGGAGGAGGAGGAAGAAAUUGAGGAGGACAUGCUUGUGCUUAGAGCAGAUAUUGAUGAGUUAGGUCUCGAACUGGAAGAGGAGCCAGCACCAAGAAAGACCAGAAUUGACCAGAAACAAAAGAAUGCAGCCGCAAAACCAGAAGUAAGAGCAGAAGUGAAAGCAGAGGCCAAGGUUGAAUCCAAAGUAGAACUUAAGACAAAGACAAAAUCCAAGGCCGAGCCUUCCAACCCCCCAGCCCGACUGUCUGCUAAGGAGAGACUGGGAACAUCCGUUGCACCAAAGACAGAACAGCCUAAGGAGAAGGUGUCUGUAUUAGAUCGCUUAGGAAGUUCAACGUCAGGUGGUCGUCGCGUGAUCAAUUUGCGAGAGGAAUCAAGUUUCCCUCCUCGUCCCGAGCCUUCCUCUACCACAGCUAGUAGUGGCAUGGCUCGUGCUGUGUCUAGUGCCAUAACUUCAGCUCAAAGAUCUGUGUGUGUGUUGCCUUCAUCCACAUCUUCAUCUGGUAAAAAGUUAGAGGCCCGCGUGAGACCUCUCAUGUCAAAGCACAUAGAAUCAAGAAAUGAAUCUUCAAGCAGAGAUAGAGAAGGGGGGCAGUCAAGAGAGGUUUCGAGCCGAUCGACCUCCAGAGAAGUUCCCAGCAGAGCGACAUCAACAAGGGUGGUGUCAGCUGUAGGAGCAGUCCUAAAAAGACCACAUAGUCAGGUGGAUUCAGAUGAUGAGGGAUAUGACCCCAAGAAGCCACAGUUGAGUGGCAUGGCCAGCAAAGUAGAGGUAACUCCAAGGCCGAGACGCCCAGGUGCCAUCCAAGCGAAUACAGCUCUUAUCCUUCGAGCAAUGGCUGACGCACACAAAUCCGUAAACAGACCAUCAAGGAACUUACCAACAAAAGCAGAGCCUACUCCAAAAAAACAAAAGGGCGAGUUGUUUACCCGAGGGUACCGUGAACGAGAACAGGCCCGUCAAAAGGAUCUCCCUACUGAAGGUGAGCUAAGGGUCAGAAAGAUUGCCAUAACAGUCCCUAAUGCAACAAGAAAGGAGAGUGAGGAGCAGCAGAGGGACGAAGAAGACAAAGAGGAGAUGAUGCCGGGAAUCACCAGCUCUUCAGAUGCACUGGUGAAGGAAGAAGCAAUGGAAGAUGUUGCUCAGCAGGAGGAAGUCUGUGAUGAAAUGGUUCCUGAAGUUCCUUAUGGUAUGGAAGAGGUUGAGGAAGUUGAAGUAGAAGAGGAGGUAGUUGAUGAAGGAAUUGAGGAGGACCAACCUCUCCCUGGCUCAGAGCCCCCACAACCAGUAGUGCCUCAUGUUGCUGGGAGAGAGAACACCAAGUUCAUAGUGACACUUGAGGGAGUGGAUACCGAUGUUUUUGAGAUGAGGGAUGAUCCACCUGACAUUCGGUCCCGCCUUGGAGCUCGCCCCAUCCGGAGUGACAGCCUUGAGGAAGUCGAGGAGUACAUUGAAGAAGUAGAGGAGUGGGAAGAAGAGGAAACUUCGAGUGACAUGACUCGGGGAGGCUCAUUACCUGGUGUUGGUCUUUUAGCUGGUGUCAAACCUCGGCUCAAGAGUGCUAUUUCAGUGUCAUCAGGGCAAGAUGGUGGUGGAGGCAGCAAAUUUGAGGAGCGCUGUAGGUACUGGCCAGCUUGUAAGGCGGGAGAUUCGUGUCAGUACCAUCAUCCCACUCUUCCAUGCAUAUCCUUUCCAUCUUGUAAAUUUGGUGAUAAGUGCCUGUACAUACAUCCUAACUGCAUAUACGAUGCGGCUUGCACACGAAGGGGCUGCCCGUACACCCAUGCAAGCUCAAGAAGCUUAGCCCUCACAACAGCUGCCGUCAGCAUUAAACACAAAAUACCCCCAAGUAGACCUUCGAAGAUCAAGUGUAAAUACUUCCCAAAAUGCACCAACAUGUCCUGUCCAUUUCUUCAUCCAAAGGCGUGUUUCUAUGGCAUGUCAUGCACCCAGGCCAGCUGUCCCUUCACCCAUCCCGAUGUCACCAUGCGUUCUAAGUUGAAGUGGAUUGCCCCCAAAAGCACAACGCAGGUCUCGACAGCAUCUGCGCCAACAGAUUUGAUUAAAAUACAAAACAAAGAAAAGACCGUAAAAGAAUAGUGUGGCCUUCAAACCACGAAGAUUGAUAACAGAUUCUAUUUGUAUAUUCUAAAGUCAUUGCUUUGUAGCUGAGUAGCUAUGUAGGUUAUUUAGAUAGAUUAUCAGCUGUAUUUAAUCAGAGUGUUAGGAUUGGUAGAUGUUUGAUAGAUAUAAGUUUUCAGAAUGGUAGAUAUAUCUUUUUCGAAUGUUUGAUGACAAUUCAUUGUCAGGGGAUUAGUGUUGUUGAUAAAUACUAAGAUAAAAUUAUACAUUAGAAUGGCAGUAUGAAAAUACACACAACCAGUGGUGAUUUUCUUCUGAGAAAUGAAAUAGUUUUACUUCAGUAAGUGUAAAGCUAAUAUGGAGAGAACAAGAAACAAAAGAAGAGGGAAAAAUAGGCUUCAGUCAGAAUAUGGUCUGUUAAAGAAUAUAACUAAUGUUUAUAUUUAGUUGCAAUGUUUGUACAAGAAUUAAGAAUGGAGGGUUUUAGAGUGCUGAAAGUUCAUAAGAUGAAGACUUUGUACAGAAAAUUCUCUCUUCUUUCCUUAUUAUUUACACAGACGAGGGUCAUGCCAUAGAAAUGAAGUAAUAUUUCAUUUUCUCAAGAACAGAUAGUGUGUAGUGGUUAUUUUGCAUAUUGCCAUUUUUAAUGAUAUAUGUUGUUAAGUCAAUUUUACAUAGGCUGUGUUCAGGCAGUGAUGUGCUCGUACAGAAUUAAGGAGUUUUUAUCUUCUUAAUAGAUAAUAUCAUGCAAUCAUGUGAGGAUGAACAAAGCUAUCUAAAGAUAUUCAUUACGUCUUUCUUUAUCUUCUUCUCUUGCAAUCUUCUUCCUCUUCUUAAUGAAUAAAAUAGACUUAUUUGGGUCAUACAGGGACUUACAAAUUAUGUCAGAGGCUGAAAUAUGAGAGACAACAUUUUAAAUUUUGGUUGUUAUUGUGCAGAACUGUUAAGGAUGCUCAAUGUAAUUGAUAGUGCUUUAGCAGCUAAAUCAUUUCCUUGUUUCUAAAGAAUUGACAGUAGUUGGUGUCGAUGAUAAUAAGUUUACCAUAAAAGUUUCCUGUCGAAAAUCUCUUUUGAAAGUCACAUAGCAUUAUUUGAAUGUAAGACUAGCUGAAUUAUUUUGGAAAAAAAAUCCACCCCACAGUAGGUCUCUCAAGUGAUAUACUAAGGUAGUCACAGAUUAGUGAGAAGUUUAAGAAGUAUCUAUUGGUACUACACUUUGAGACAUUAGUGGUAUCAAUUUACUGUUAUAUGCUUUAUAGGAAUCAGUAGAUUAGAAAUAUAAUAAUAUAAUUUUGUAUGAGAGAUCUUGUUAUUCUCAAAGUGAUGACAUGCCAGGGUUAUUAGCAUAAAGAUAGGCUUUCAUCUCAUUAAGAAAUUAUUCAUCUACUGAUACUUUUUUUUCCUAACCUUUAAGUGUACUUUUAUUUCCUUGAGUCCUUAUGGUAGUAAUUCAGGAUUUUGCAAGUCUCUGUGUUAUGGGUGUUCUAGAAUUCACAAAUCUUAUGGAGUCCUUGCACAAUUAUAAGCCGUUUCUUUUCAUUGUUCUUGUUUCAUACAAAGUAUCACAUUUAGGUUAGUGUCACUUAGGAACAGGUGAAUAAAGAACAAGAAAAACAGUUUUUGAUUUACUAAUGAAUGAUGCAAUUUGUUUUUGUAGUCGAACAUUCUGUUGUACUGGAAAUAAGUUUCAUUUUUGAAGACAUAAUAUUUCUAAGUAAAAGUAAGUAUAGCUAAAUGAUUGUAGUUUAUCAUAGAGUAUCGCAUCCAACUUCUUUCCUAUGAUGUAUUUAAAUAGAAUAGAAACAGUUUUACUAAGUUCUUCAACUCUAGGUUUGUUAAUGAAUAUAUGCUGGUGGAAUACACUGCAGCCUUUGUCGAUGUCCAUGUUUUUAAUUAAGUAUAUAUCUCAUGAACUUGUAAACUUACUGAAUUAUGUUUUAUGAUGUAAAUUUUGAUUGGAGAAUCUCGGAAGGAAAAGCUUGCUAAAGGAAGUUAGGAAUUAGUUAUUAAAAUUUCAGAGUGUGUUUUCUGUGCAUUGGUUACUGGUCAUACUGGUCUCAACAUCCUAUGUUUUUGUCUGUUUAUAUAUCUGCAUGAGCAGGAAGUUUUGAUUGACUGUUAAGAGACGCAUAAAGAUAUACAACUAUGUACAUAAUUAAGAGAGACAUAUUUGAAUGGUGUAAAUAAUAUGAAGUAUGAUUCUGUUGUUCCUGUCAUGGUUAGGGUGAUUAUAAAGUUCACUGGCAUUAAUUAUUUUAGACAGAGUUGAACUUUUUCUGACAGAAAUACUUGUCAGUGUGUGAGUUUGGGUGGAGAAAAAUGUAUAUAUUUGUGACAAUAUAAGAUGUUGAUUUUGAUUUCAAGAAAGUGGUUUUCUUUUAUAUUUGAUUACCUCACAUAUGUUCUACAUUGUUUUUGUCUUCAGUUAAUACUUUUGGUUCUUUUCUGUAUUUUUGUUAUGGAAUACACACUCACUGGUUUGGUUCUUCUAUAUGCCAAGUACGUCUACAUUGUUAUGCUAUAUAUAUCAGAACGUUCUUAAAAAGAUGAUGAUAAGUUUAUGGUUAAACUGAUAGCUGACCUGAAAGUGAAAGAACAAAUAUAUAACUGACUGUAAUCAGCACUGUUGGUAUGUGGUUGCUGAAUGAAAUUAUAACUUUGUUGUGAUGUUUUGUGGGAUUUUGCAGCUUUUAACAUGAUUAAAUGAUCACAUUUAUAAGGGCUUGCAUAUAAAGUUUGGCUUGAGUUUUUCUUUUAGCAAGUGAAUGGGUAGAUUGUUGACCCGGUUUCCACAUCACUUGAAAACCUAUUUUGAGAAUAUUUAAAAUGAUUGUUGUUGUUUUGAUUUCUCUUUCAAAAUAAGACUUAAUUUUAAAGAGAUGGCUUAUGUGUUAUCUUUUUGUUUUCAAGUUCUCUGAUUGUAAAGUCAACAGCUAUACAGCUUAUGGAGCAAUAGUGUAAAAUCAGCAUACUUAUGUAUAAGUUUUCUGUUUUUAUGUCAUGCUUACAUAGCUUGUGCUCACAUAAUGUUGGGAUAUGGUGAAUCAGUUUAUUACAUGCAUUGCAGAGGAAUCCUUGAUGAGAAACGUCUUAGGAUAAAGUAAAGCAUUUCUUUACCCACUGUGUAAUUUCUUGAUUGUCAAUUUUAGCUGGGGAUACUUGUUGAGUUUCGUUUAGGAAAUGGUUAGGGUUGUUCUACUUUUGUUUAGUAAUUUUUACUCCUUACAUGUAUUUAGUGACAUCACUCAGUACUCACUUUCUUUUUUUUCUGAUGCAAAGAUGUGCGUGUGAAGUUGAUGUUAAUUGGCUGAAUGCAACACACCUAAAUAGUAAUAUAUUUUGGUUAAUUUUCAUCACCGACCCAGUAACUAUCAUCCUGUCAUUCAUAGAUAUCCCAAUUAAAAUCCUGGGAAUAGGGAUAGAUAUUUUGAUGGAAAAUAAUACAGACAGGAUUGAACUAUUGCAAUCAUCAGCAUGUACAAAUACUGAGAACAAGUGCAGAAAAAGUGAAUAUGCUGUAAGUGGUGUUAAUUCCUUUAUAGUUGCUGUUUAGCUGAUUUUGUGAAAAGCUACAUUGCUAUUUUAUGUAAGUAUAACUGCAUUUGAAUGAAGGGAAUAACAGCAACAAUAAUAAUGUACUCUGGAUACAGUUAAAGUGUGGAACUGAUAUAUUUUAGUGUGACAUCUAGAUUGGUUCUACUGAGCAACUGCCAUAUUUUCAUGGAGGCAUGAUUUAGUGAUAGAAUUAGAAGUAGAUUAUAUAUAAAAAGCUAUAGGGAAGUUCAUACUUUAAUGAAAAUAAUGAAGAAACAUAAUAUGUUAGAUAUAAAAAAAGAUUAUCAGUUUUGCUUUAAGAUCUGAUGUGACACAAAAACUUACACACAAGAUUAAUCUUAAAGAUUUCAUUUUGUAGAUUUGUACUCUGGUUUUAAGGAUUAAGUUAAUUUCUGAUUUUUAAAAAUAACUGAAUAUAUGUCAUGGUAAUAAUCUUAUGUAAGCCAGAAACUUUUAGUUUAAACACUUUAAAUUGAUAGUUAACAAUAUUGUAAGCUGAGAAAAGGUGUUAGGUCAAGUGUAAAGAAGGCACCUGAACUACUGCUCAUUGUUUCACAAGAAAUCACAAACUAGCAGUAUAAAUAACUGAUCAGUAAGGCUGAAACUCAUUUUUUCCGUGUGAGAGGAAGAAACCAUGGAAUUACUCUUUAUUUUUGUUUAUUUACCAAGCUGCAGUGUAGCUGGAAGUAUACACAAAAUGAAUGCUUAAGAUUUGCUGAAGAAUUACAUGCUGUUGUGAAAAGAUAUUUGUUUAUAUUCAAAUUGUUAUAAGAAUGGAAGGCAUAGACUAGAUUUGGAAAGUUAGGUUGUUUUAAUUUAUUAAGGCAGUGCGUUUUUUUUAGAAAACAAAUGAAAGCAGUUUUCAUUUCUUUUCUUUACCCAAUGCAUCUCAUUAUGUGUAUUCCCACUUUAUCAGUCUAGUCUACUUAAAGAAUGGUUUUGUAAUAAUAGAUAUGUGAAAUGUC